AUGACCGACAGGUCAAAAGAAGGAGCCGGCUACCGUACGUCGGUGUCAGCCCCAAACAAUGCCCUACCCGCCGGGCAACUUGAACAUUUCCCGUCCACGCUAUCAGCCGCACACGCUACGCAAGUGCCGGCAAGCCACCAACCCCUAGCGAGCCCGGCAAACGCGGCGCCAACACCUGCCAUGGCCGCCGCACGGCGGUGGUUGGUAUGGCGGCAUGAGCCCAAUGCAGACCCGCGCAAGAAGCAGAGAAAGGUGCCCUACUACGUUGACGGCGGCAGGCGCGAAGGUGUGCUGGACUCGCCCGCAGACGUAGCGCGGCUCGUGAGCUAUUCCGAGGCACUAGCGGCCAUACAGAACCUCCCGGGCGUGUACAGCGGAGCUGGCUUUGCGCUGGGUGAUGGUUGGCAAGGCAUCGACUUGGACGACGUGCCGCAAAACCAGCUCGCCGACCUAGCAAACGAUUUGCCGGGCUACGUCGAACUCAGCCCGAGCGGCAACGGCUGUCACGCUAUCGGCUACGGCCGGCCAUUCGCAGCAUUGGGCAGCAACCAUAGCGGCGUGGAGGCCUAUGCUCGGAGCCGGUUCUUCACGUUCACCGGCAACCCAAUCCGCCCAAACCAGCCGACGUGCCUCGCGGACUUCGUGGAGCAGCGGCUGAUGCCGAGGCACAGCAUGCAUCGGGCGGUAGGCGCUACGGUUUCAACCAGCAGCGCUGAUCCACAAACAGUCACCGAACUGCGCAGCGCGUUGAACGCAAUCCCCGCGGACGAUCGUGAGAUCUGGGUGCGCGUCGGCUUGGCUUGCAAGACACUGGGCGAGUCGGUUGGCUAUGAGUUGUGGGCCACAUGGUCUCAGCGCUCUAGGAAAUGGGAACCGGACGACGCAGCUCGCACCUGGGACAGUUUCGAACCGCGCGACAUUUCCCACCUGUCCAUUUUUAAGAUCGCGCAGGACUGCGGCUGGAUCAACCCUCGAAGCAACGCAGCCCAGCUUCCUGCCGCCCACGUUCAUCAGCCGUGCACAUGGACGCCGGUCAGCGUUUUCGAUGUUUUCACCCAGCCCGCUGCCCCCGUCGAAUUCCUAAUCGACGACCUCCUGCCUGCGCGUGAAGUGACUCUGCUGCCUGCCGAUGGCGGGGCUGGCAAAUCGCUUCUGACCCUGAUCGCGGCCACCUGCUUGGCGAUGGGGCUGCCGUUCAUGGGCAAGACGACGAUGCGCUGCAAGGUUGUCUUCUACAGCGGCGAGGACGACGACCGCGUGCUUCGCAAUCGCCUGCGCCGCAUCUGCGAGCACUACCGCGUUGAUCCGGCCGAACUGGCGCGCAGGCUGCUAGUGCUGGAUACGACCGACGCCCCCAACCUCUUUUGCGAAGUGCGCGACGCGGACACUGGCCCCAGCGGUGUGCCUACGAAGAACCUCCAUGAGCUUGAGCGGGUCGUUGCCGACUGGGGCGCCCGCGUCGUUAUCGUGGACAACGCCUCCGACACCUUCGAUGCGAAUGAGAACUCGCGCCAGCAGGUUCGAGGCUUUGUCCGAUCCCUGAAAUCCAUGGCCAAGAGAAAUGAUGCCGCCAUCUGGUUGCUAGCGCACCUUGACAAAGCCAGCGUGCGAGACCCAAGCGGCAAAGCCCAAUUCAGCGGAAGCACGGCAUGGCACAACAGCGUUCGGUCACGCCUGCUCCUGGCUCCAGACAUCGAUCGUCCCGAGGGCAUGGUUCUGUCGCAGCCGAAGUCGAACCUAGGCCGCCGCUCGACAGACAUCCUGCUGACGUGGACGACGGACGGGAUGCUGGAGCAUGCGGGCGUUGGACAGUCCAAGCCGACCACACCCGAACUUCGCGGAGCGGUGCUGAGCCUCAUCCGCAGCCGCUACGAACGCGGGCAGUUCAUCUCCACAUCAUUGGCACCGAACGCCGCGACAGGCGCAUAUGCGACCCUGAGCGCGGACCCUGCCUAUCCGCGCCGACUGGAUAAGAAGGCUCUAGCCACAUUGCUUCAACAGGCUCGGGCCGACGGCCUCCUGAAGACCGAGCUGUACGAGAGCCCCACGCGACGCGGCCAUAAGGCGCUGCACGGUAAUGUUCAGGUGUGCUGCACGCAGGCAGUACGGCACAGCAGGCAUCUAGCAGGAGAGCCCAUGCAACCGGACCCGAGCACCCAACAGACCGAAGACGAGGACACCAGCGCGCCGCCCGUGUCUCUGCACCCUUCGCCACUCGACGCGGCCUUCCAGGCCCCCAAGGGCAGGCCCAGUUCGGCCGCAGACCUUGUGUGGUCGAAAGACCCGCUCACCCUUCCAUCCGUUUCGCUCGCGCCGGGCAACAUCACGGGCAUCGACGGCUACGAGGAAUUCGGUGGUUGGGGCCUGGAGCAUGUGGUCAGCUCGAUGGCGGGCCUUCGCGAUGCCUGUGCCAACAUCAUUGAGGCCCGCCGGUCAGUUCUGUUGGAUCCGACCAUGACGGACGCCGCCCGGGCCAUCGCAGUUGCCGACCUGGCCGACAAGCUGUCCACGCGAGCCACCAAGGCCGUCGAUGCUUCGCUUGCAACGUUGAAGAAGACCAUCGCGGCAGAACGCGCCGAGCUGUCCAAGCCCCUAGCAGCGGCGGUCAGUCCGGAACUGGGCCGCGAGAUUCGCGCGCACGUCAAGGCAAUGAAGCCUGCCGAGCGGCUCGGCUUCCUGCAAGCUCAGGCAAAGGCCGGAGAUGUGACCACGCUGAGCGCUGUUCUGAAGACCCCUGCGUAUCUCAGCGGCAUGGAGCCGAACUCCCUAUCCGUGCUGAACAACGAACUGAACCGCGCGCUGAAUCCUGGCGCCGUGCGCAGGUUGGCAAUGCUUGAGAAGGCAGAGCAGCGGUUGAGCAACGCCGGCAGUAUCUUCAUCGCUAGCUCCGAGCAUGCAAUCGGCGUCAAGCGUGGCGUCGUUGACCGCCUGCGUGAGCAAAGCCGUCGCGCGCGAAAAUCGUUGGCGGCCCUCGGCGCUGUGCCGGGCUGGACAGGCUCUGAACCAACUGCGUCCGAUGAGCCGCAAACGGCUCCGGGCAAGAACGAGCGCGGUCAUUGGCUGCCGGGCGUGUCCGGGAACCCCAGAGGUCGAGCAAAAGGCAGCACGAACAAACGCAGCCCAAUUGAGGCUCAGGUCGCGCAGCACGGCGAGGCCAUCAUGCAGUGCGUCAUCGAGGCCGCCCUUGAGGGCGACUUGCAGGCCGCGAACAUCGCUCUGCAGCGCAUCAGCCCGGCGCUCAAGGCUAAAGCUUCUACGGUGACGUUCGAGUUGGACCCAGACGCUCCGCUAGAGGCGCAGGCACGGCAAGUCAUGGCAGCCAUCAGUGUUGGCGAGUUGGACCCGGACACCGGCAAGAUGCUGAUUGAGUGCCUUCACAGCUUCAGCGCCCUACGAGUCGCCGACGAACUGAUGCAGCUUGAACACCAGCCGCCUGCGCUACCGGCGACUGUCGUGCAUGCGGUGCCCCGAUCCGAGGAGGGUUGA